AUGAAUGAUGCAAAUAAUAAUAACACAGACUCUCCUUUAAUGUUGGGUGAAAUUAAAACAGGCACUCCUAUUGAUUUAACAAUUGAUCAUUCAUUAAACAAUCAAACUAUUCAAAAUAUAGAUCAAUUGAAUUCACCAAAUUCACCAAAUUCACCAAAUUCACAAUCACAACAAUCAGAAUUACGCGUUAAUAAUGAAAAUAAUGAAAAUAAUCAAAAUCAAGAACAUGAGACUAUAUUAAAUGAUAUAAUGAUGAUGAAUCCUCAACAAGAAAAAUCGAUAAAUAAAGUUGACAAUGAUAUGGAUAUAGAUAAAGAAGAUGAAGAAACAUCAAUACAACAACAUAAUUUAAAUUCAGAUUUAGAUCCAGAUUCAAGUUUGAUUUAUAAUAUUCAAAAUCAGUCAAAUAUGAUUUUACCAGAUUUAUUUAGUUUAUUAUAUGAUAUACAAAAUGGGUUGAAAUCAGCAAAAGAUUUUGAUAAAUAUUUAAGUAGUUCAAGAUUGAAAUUAAGUAAUUCUAAAAAUUAUUUAACUCAAUUAGACUUUAUUAAUAUUAAUAAUAAUUAUAAAGAUUCAUCAUUAAAUAGAAAUGAAAUUUUAAAAACUAACAACGUCAAUAAAAUUCAAUUUUUAAAAAGUUUCAAACAAAAGAUUGAAAGUGAAUUUUAA